ACGAUCGAUUUUAAUGGCUUGGAAAUGUCCAAUCGAUGACCUCUGAAGCUGCUAGUGAGGUCUGUGCUCGUGGCUUAUCCGUUCAGUGAGAUUUCAGUGGAAAGAGACAGUAAGCAAACCGAGAGAAGAGAGAUGGGGCGCCGGUCCUCAGACAGUGAGGAAGACUCUCGCAGCGGCCGGAGGAGGAAGAAGCACCGACGUCGCUCCUCUUCCUCCAGCUCUUCCGGGAGCCGCGUGACCAGCCGUUCCAAGCGCUCCCGAUCCUGCUCCCGCGACAGAGACAGAGACAGAGACCGGCGGCGCCGGAGGCGGUCCAGCAGUAGCUCCUCCCACGAGUCGUCCCGGAAGAAGAGGAGCCGCAGCCCAGAGAGGAACAAGCGCCGCUCUCGGAACCGCUCCCGGAACCGCUCCAGGAACCGCUCCCGGAACAGGAGGUCUCGCUCACGGCACCGGCGCUCACGCAGUCACAGCAGGUCGACCCGCAAACGCAGGAAGGGGAGGAGCCGGGAGAAGGGGCGGAGCCGGGAGAAGGGGCGGAGCCGGGAGAAGGGGCGGAGCCGGGACCGGGAUCGAGAGAAAGCCAAAGAGAAGGAGCCACGACCAACAGGGGAUGGCGCGAGCAUCAAAGCGGCAUUAGAACAUCUGACUCCGGUAGAGAAGGCGAAAGCAGCACUCCAGCUGGUUCUCCAGGCUGCAGCCAAAACCGAUGAGGUCCUGAAAGCCAAGGAGAAAGAGGAGGAGCAAGCGCGGAAAAAGAAGGAAGAAGAGGACACGUCUCUGGAGGACCAGGUGCGGAGGAUAAAGGACAUCGAGGCCAUCAACAGCGACUCCUUUGUUCCGCAGGCUUUCAAAUCAACCCGGGACAGCAAGAAGGUGUCUGAGACCGUGGAAGUGAAGGAGGAGGAGGAGCCUGUGGCCCCGCCCCCUGAGAAAGAGGAGGCGUGUCUCCCCACAGGCAUCCGUUACCAUGACAGCGACUCCCUGGCACACCCCAGCCUGUUUUUGGAGAAGGAGGUGGCGGAGGAGCGCUGGCUGAGCAGACUCAUCUCCCUGAGACAGGAGAGGCUCAUGGGAAGCCCUGUGCCGUGACCCAGCCGUCUGAUUGGACAAGACCAACAGCACAGCUUAGGGCACCUGAAUCGGACCCAACAGGAGCUGCAGCUGUGUGUGUGUGAGAGGGAGAGAGAGAGAGAGAGAGAGAGUGAGAGAGUGAGAGAGUGAGAGAGUGAGUGAGUGAGUGAGUGAGUGAGUGAGUGAGAGAGUGAGAGAGUGAGAGAGUGAGUGAGUGAGAGAGUGAGUGAGAGAGUGAGUGAGUGAGUGAGUGUCUCACACCACCUGUGAGCAGAGCAGGCAGGUGUGUGUGUCUGUUUGUCUGUCCUGUUUCAGGCCAGGUUGACCUCACUGAAGCCUUUCUGAACUCUCCUAACUGUUUCUCAGUGAUUUGUAUCUUCAGGAAUGUGUGAUUCUGUUCGCUUAUGUUUUAGAUGUCUGUGUAGAAAUGUGGGGUAAUUGUGCCGGGUGAAUUUAUGAAUAAAAGGUGGAAACUG